GACGAACCGACUGUCAAUUCGGAGUGCUGGCGAACCAUUCGUUCAGGCUUGCCUGUUCUGGCAUGGCGGACCACUACAUUGUGCUCUAUCCGUCGACUACCGCGGUGGCCGAAGCAAAGCGUGCUUCAACUUCCCUGGCUUCGACGCCCCAACGGAUGCACUGCGAGAGAACGAUGACUCAAUGGGCCGAAUGGUGCAGUUCAGACGACUUCGGAGGAUAUGAGACUGCCUAGAUCGUCGCGCAGUCGUCUCGAGUACCAGGCAUGCCGGCGCUAGCACUUGGACGCCAAACACUCGCGUCGCGUCUUCCAGUCCUCGAAUACGUGCGACAUGACGCAGCAGCAACUUCAAUCGAACAUUGUCAAUGGAGACUGGAGAGGUAGCAAGCUACCAGGCAUACUGGCAGGAGACGUUGCUGCUGCCGCCAUCUCCGCAACAGCUAUCAGUCCCCUGAUCACAGCUAUUGAUAGAGCUGUGGUCGAAAAUGCUGCCUCGAGCUCUCGCCCUCUCCUAUCGACACUGAAGUCUCACGUCAUCUGUUCUUUCCGCCAUCCGCGCCAAUUCUUUGCAGCGAAGCCCUUCUUCUAUGUCUGGACACUGUACGCGGCGACUUACACCACUGCCAAUGGAGUCGAAAGUGUGGCUAAAGAAAUCACAACGAAAGCAGACCAAGUCCUGGUCAGCACCGUCACAUUUCUUGCAACGUGUGCUGUGAAUGUGCCUUUGGGAGUGUGGAAGGACGUUCGCUUCGUGCAGCUCUAUGGACGGCCUACAACCCCCAAAGCCGCGCUCAAUACACCUCUACAGAAAGGAGCAACAGCGUCUGCAACAGCGCCCUCUCCCGUUCCAACGGCGAGAUUUCCACGAAUAGUUGGCGCUACCUUCCUCUUCCGCGACGCCAUUACCAUCUUCGGCUCCAUCAAUCUACCACCAAUGUUGACAUCCUCGAUACCGGAUUCUAUAUUCUCAAGUCCAGCGAUCAAGAUGGCUGCAAUGCAGAUAUUCACCCCAGUGCUCUCGCAGGUCUUUGCUACGCCGAUACAUUUACUCGGUCUGGAUCUCUACAGCAACCCACACAGCUCCAGUGCGGAGCGCAUGUCGAGGAUGAGGAGGAGUUUGGGGCCUACAACCGCGAUGAGAUGUUCUAGAAUUAUUCCAGCUUUUGGAGUCGGAUUGGUCUUGAACACUGGUUUGCGAGACUACUUCCAUGGAAAAGUGGGGGCAGCAGCCACGAACUGAAGGGAGCAUUUGGUGGCGUCUUGAUGCAUAUCAUAAUUGGAUGGGGCGCAAACUGCGACAAAAAGAUAUCAUUGCAUUUCACGGCGUUUUGAGUAGAAGUGCAUACAACUUCGAAAUUUGAUAUUUCCGUCACACAACGGCUACAUGCGUGCCUCCUGACCAACACCCGAACACGUAGCUCCUUACGAUAGGUUUUCAGAUAUUCAAUAUACCAAGCUUAUAUCCGACUGGAUGCAAGCAAAGUCCG